UUUCAAGAAUAUUAAGUAUUUGGCGAAAGGUGGAUUUGGUACGAUACAUUCGGCGACGUGGAUUCAAGGACCGCGUUGGAAAGAAGCACCUGUUUGGAAGAGAGUUGCUGGUCACUAUUAUGGACGAUGUGGGCCAACGCAGGUUGCGUUGAAAACUCUUGAUCAUUCGGCGAAGAUGACCUCGGAUUUCUUACAAGAGUUAUUACGCCAUCAAGAAAUGUUGUUUCCACAUUGGAUAUCGAAAAUAAUUUAUUGCUUUGGAAUAACACAAGACCCGAAAACACAAAAUUAUGUGCUAGUAGUUGAUUACGCAUCAGAAGGGGAUCUACAUAGCUACUUAGAGAAAAAUUCAGCUAAAAUUACGUGGGCACAAAAAUUAGAAAUAUUAGGAGAAGUAGCAUCAGCAUUAGUGGACAUUCAUCGAAAAGAUUUAGUACAUGGAGAUUUACACACUGGCAAUAUACUAGUGGGAAUGGCAUUAUCCCAUGCUAGUGGAUUCGGCAAUUCGCCGACGGACAUUAAUGAUAAAAAAUGGAGAGAGUAUUUACAGCGAAUCACCGAAAGCUCUAAACAACAAAAAUUUAGUGUGCAUCCGGAUGCCGUGUAUUCGAGUCGAUUACUUGAUUGUCCAGUUCGUCGAAAAGUCAAACGGUUAAUGACAAAAAGUGUUGGAAAUGAGUCCUAA